GAGAAAGUGAAGGAGCACCAUCCAUCACACACGCUGCGUACGCAUGAUCGAUGUCGUUUCUCGAAACACGACACGUCGUGCGUUGUUUGCGUGCGUGCUAUAUCUGCGCUCAACAUUUUGCGUGCAACUCCGGCCGGAGAUCGCUCGGCGCCGUCGGUGCGUGAGUGCGUACAUACAUGGUGGCGGGGUUUCUGCUGGAGAGUGAGGUGUCCGACCUCUGCAUCGGCAAGCCGCCGAUCAGGUGGCUGCCGCCCUCGUCCACCGUGGCCAGCGCCGUCGACGAGCUCGAGGCCGACGGGGGGCCGUGCGGCGCCGUCGCCGUGUGGGACGGCGAGGCGGGGGCGGCCGUGGCGGGCAGGGUGCGCAUGGCCGACGUGCUAUUCUUCCUCUGCGCCGACGAAGGCAACAACCUACAGGCCACGCUCGCCGACCUCCUGGCCGCAGCCGGGGCGCCGCCCGUCCGCCGCGUGGAGCCCGAUGCGAGCGUGCUGGAAGCGGUGGACGCGCUGCUGGGCGGCGCGCAGAGCCUCGUGGUGCCCAUCCGCGACAACCGGCGCCCGGAAACGGCGCAGCUAGAAGCAGAGUCGAUGUGCUGGGUCACGGUGGAGGACGUGGCGCGCUUCUUCCUCGGCUCCGUCGCGCUCUUCUCGCAGAUCGCCUUGCGCUCCGUCUCCGACCUCGGCGCCGUCCGCCCGGCCCGCAGCGUGCUCGCCGUUGCGCCCGGAGACGACACGCUCUCCGCCACCGAGCCGCUCCUUCGCGCGGCCCUGGCGACGCACGCCUCCGUCGCCGUGGUGUCCGGACGCUGCCUCGUCGGCGAGAUCUCGCCGUUGACGCUCUGCUCCUCCCUCGACGCGCCCAUGUCCUUGAUCGACUCUGCCCGCGCCCCGCGAGAAGCCGCCCUCGGGCCCCGCCUCCGCAGCCGCAACCUGCACGGCGUGCUCGACCUCCUCAACGCCGGCGGCCGCGACCUGCCGUCCCCGUCCUCUUCCUCUUCAUCCUCCUCGUCGUGCGCCUCCUCCUCUUCCUCCUCGUCCGACGGCGAGGACGAGGACGAGAAGAACGUCACCUCAGCUUUCACGAGCACGAGUCAACAAGCCAGGUUCUCGGCGCGGUGGAGGAAGGGUAUCAUCGCGUGCCGGCGGGGCAGCUCGCUGGUGGCGGUGAUGGCGCAGGCGGUCGCGCACCGCGUGACGCAGGUGUGGGUGCUGGACGACGGGCCGGAGGGGGAGGAGCUGGUGGGCGUCGUCGGUCUCCUGGACGUGCUCCGGGUGCUCCGCCGCCACCUCCUACGCGCACCGCCCGCGCACACUAUGGCCGAGUAAUCUCGGCUCCUCCCGGACUGCAAGAACCUUUAUUCAAGUCCUGAAAAUCCCACUGUGCGUGAAGUCUCCGAUGAAAACACCCGUGAAUGAAACUUGAACCAAAGCAGUUAAGGGUUGUAAAGUGAGGUGAUUUUCUGGCUAGCUAGUCCUGAGUAAUUUUAAUCCUUUUGAGCCUGCUAGAUGGUUGUUAGAG